CUCAUCGUACAGGAUGCAUGUAAUGUUUGGUUUGUGUUAUUUUCAAAUGUGUGGCUUAACAUUACCAUGCCAGUCUCAAGACCUGCUGAGUCGUGUCACACCUUUUCUAAAAGUGGAAUUUCACAGGUUAUUAAAGCAGAGGGAGGAUGAGUUAAAAUCGGUAGUAUCCCAAAUUCAAGCUCAACGAAGCCGCGUGAUUUAAACAUAUUAUGUAAGUUACGCUAGUCAUUGCUAUAUGCAGCUGCUACAGUAGAUGCUGCUAAGGUAUCACGUUAGCUUGCCAGUCAUUUGACCAAUUCACGUUUUUUGUUCUUUAAAUUGGGAACAUUUAUAAGUAUAUGUUACACUUUUUUUUUGUUUAAUGCACACAUUAGUCGACUGCGGAGAAUUUUGUUAACCAUAGUGUAUCAUUGACUGGUUCGUUAGCAUGAUUUAGCACCACAUGGACUUAACUCUGGAAAGAGUCAACAGAGGUUGUGCGCCACACCGAUGCAGUGCAAUUCACGUUUGUGCUUUUAGGAAACUUGGUAAGUAGACUAGAUGGAACAUCGUCUUUUGUUGGUUUGUGUCCAGUACACAUUGGUUCACUGUGGGGAGACUCGUUUUACGUGAGAAGCUUGGCAUGUAAUGUUUGGUUUGUGUUAUUUUCAAAUGUGUGGCUUAACAUUACCAUGCCAGUCUCAAGACGUGCCGAGUCGUGUCACACCUUUUCUAAAAGUGGAAUUGCACAGGUUAUUAAAGCAGAGGGAGGAUGAGUUAAAAUCGGUAGCAUCCCAAAUUCAAGCUCAACGAAGCCGCGCGAUUGAAACAUAUUAUGUAAGUUACGCUAGUCAUUGCUAUAUGCAGCUGCUACAGUAGAUGCUGCUAAGGUAUCACGUUAGCUUGCCAGUCAUUUGACCAAUUCACGUUUUUUGUUCUUUAAAUUGGGAACAUUUAUAAGUAUAUGUUACACUUUUUUUUUGUUUAAUGCACACAUUAGUCGACUGCGGAGAAUUUUGUUAACCAUAGUGUAUCAUUGACUGGUUCGUUAGCAUGAUUUAGCACCACAUGGACUUAACUCUGGAAAGAGUCAACAGAGGUUGUGCGCCACACCGAUGCAGUGCAAUUCACGUUUGUGCUUUUAGGAAACUUGGUAAGUAGACUAGAUGGAACAUCGUCUUUUGUUGGUUUGUGUCCAGUACACAUUGGUUCACUGUGGGGAGACUCGUUUUACGUGAGAAGCUUGGCAUGUAAUGUUUGGUUUGUGUUAUUUUCAAAUGUGUGGCUUAACAUUACCAUGCCAGUCUCAAGACGUGCCGAGUCGUGUCACACCUUUUCUAAAAGUGGAAUUGCACAGGUUAUUAAAGCAGAGGGAGGAUGAGUUAAAAUCGGUAGCAUCCCAAAUUCAAGCUCAACGAAGCCGCGCGAUUGAAACAUAUUAUGUAAGUUACGCUAGUCAUUGCUAUAUGCAGCUGCUACAGUAGAUGCUGCUAAGGUAUCACGUUAGCUUGCCAGUCAUUUGACCAAUUCACGUUUUUUGUUCUUUAAAUUGGGAACAUUUAUAAGUAUAUGUUACACUUUUUUUUUGUUUAAUGCACACAUUAGUCGACUGCGGAGAAUUUUGUUAACCAUAGUGUAUCAUUGACUGGUUCGUUAGCAUGAUUUAGCACCACAUGGACUUAACUCUGGAAAGAGUCAACAGAGUUUGUGCGCCACACCGAUGCAGUGCAAUUCACGUUUGUGCUUUUAGGAAACUUGGAUGGAGGCAACUGUUAGGGUGAAAUAUAAGGACAGAAAGAAGUACUUCUUCCUAACAUCACCUUUUCAAUUCAAAGUAUUUUUGGAAAGUGAUUCCUUCAGUUCUAGUUUGAUUGGCGAUGGUGAGCCUUCAUCAGGAUCUGAUGACACAGCAAUAGUGAUCAGAAAUCCCUCAGAAAAAAGAGAUGCAGAGGAUCGUCGUCUGGGUCGAAUGAUUGAGGACAUCCUCAAGAGUAGCCCUGGAGGUGAUAAGAUCACACAUGAGUAUGCUCGCACAAAAACAUUGUCAGAUGUCAGAAGACGUGACCUAGUGAAAAUACUAGUUGCACAUCUGACAAAUGAGCAUGGCACAAGCCCCCCUAGGAGAUUGAAGGAGGAAUACGCCAAAGGAAUCAUCUGCCUUUUUCCUUACUUGGCUGACCCCCUGAGCAAGCUUGGCUAUGAACAUUUUUAUAAUGCUGAAGAUGGAAGUGGGUAUUUGGCUUGGAGAAUCAAAACUCUGCAGAAAGAGGUGUCCGAGGGGCGAAUGAAACGGUCACGACAACUUCAAACAGGUGGGCCAACUUCACACAGGGAUCCAUUGAAAGAAGACAUCCAGUGGGACGGACAGCAGUGUCAAGAAGCAAUUGCCCUGAUGAAGCAUUCCACGGAUGAAGUUGUAGUGAAGGAGAAAAUGAGGCUAACCCUGGCCUAUCGUCAGAAGUUGCUGCACGAUCCUGAGAACUCAGCCGACAUCCUAUCUGUUUUUCCUCGUUUCUUGGACAUUCCAGGUUUGAUUGAUCAAGAUUUCAGGAGUCUUUUUGGUGACGCAACCUCUGCAAAGAUGUUGGAGAAGUGGACCACCAACUUUCAAGCAAAGGUUGUUACUCAGUGUCGUGGGCUUACACUGACUGGAGAUGUACAAGACCUCAUCCAAAAUGCUGAAGCCACUGAAGUAGAUGAUGGCUGGGACAGUGACAUGUCAUCAAUGCUGUUGCUGGUUCACCUUCUGCCACCUUCAAGCCAAGGCCGAAAAAGACCAGGGAAAAUCUCAGCCAGACAAGCAUGCGACAGUCUUGUAAAAUUCAUCAAGAUUGGGACCAGCAUCCAAGCACACCUGGACAACAUCUCUGGGAGUCUCCAGCCAUACCUACUUGCUGUUGGUGCCAAGAAGAGCAUGAUCGAGUCUUACUACAUCGUGAUCGACAAACAUGCUCUACCCUGUAAGACCUCAACUUCAUUGGCUUGUGUUGAUGAACUUUUCAAAGCACAUUUCGUCUUUGGCACAAGAUACUGUCAGGAAUUGACCAAUGUGUACACCUUUCUGCAAACCACUGUCUAUGACAUAGAUGUGGAAAACACCAAGGUAAAUCCUAGAGUUGCAGAGUUGAGGGCCAGGAUGCAGAAGUAAACUCCUAUGAUCUGCUUCAUUUGUGCAAGAUGUCAUGCCAGUGUCAAUGCCUUGAUUAAGCACUUUAAAUUGGUUCAUGGUCUUUGUCCCGGAAAAACUCUAAGGUUAAAAUGUGCUCAAAGGGGUUGUGCACAUGUAUAUAAUAGUUUUUCUGGAUUACGAAAGCAUCUCACUAAGUGUUCUUUGCGUGACAGUUCAAGUGUUAAUGAAAGUUCAUCUUCAGCCAGUUCCUGGAGAAUGAGAUGCCUGUGUUUCAUGUAAUCCAGAAUAUUGUUGUAAGAGAUGAGUGUGUUCUUUUUAUAACGACUGCUAUGAAAACUCUUUAUUUAGAGGAACAUGUCCAUGCUUUCAAGGUUAUGCACACCACAGAAGCACCCAUUGUUUUGGAAUUUAAAGACCUUUUGCACCACAAGUGUUUUGAUAUUUUAAUGUCAUGUGGUCUUGAUUCAGAUUUGUUUAUAAUCCCUUCUUUUUUCAUGUAAUGCUUUUUGUGAUGAGGAUAAUUUUCUAUUGAGAGCAAAUAUUUGGUGCCAAAUAAAGACAUGUGGAAUAAUU